AGUGUUUUGAAUGGCUGAGGAAGUGGUGUUCACCACAAGUCACGCCAAUGGGAUGGACAGCACCGCCAACAGUAAAGCCGCGGACUUCGUGCGCCGCGAAGACAAAUACAAAGCCAUUGAUGGCUACUGUGCGCGACGGGUGACGAAGGGGGCGACGAAACCGUUGUUCAAUAAAAUGGUUUUAGUGGUGAUCGACGCCUUAAGACACGACUUUAUCCCAUCCAUUGAUGACAAGAGGUCCGUCCAAAAGGGUCGCAACUCUGGUGCUAAACAUCGGAUGCCAUUCACGGAGACUAUUAUGCAGACAAACGGCGUGGGUUUGGUGUCCAUAUCGGCGACGCCCACCGUAACGAUGCCGCGGAUCAAAGCGAUGAUCAGCGGCACUCUGCCAUCGUUUAUGGAUUUCAUACUAAACCUAAGCGCCUAUCGGUUUAACGGCGAGAAUCUCGUGGAAAACGCGUUCAAAGCCAACAAAAGAGUGGUGUUCUUCGGCGACGAGACGUGGAUUCAGUUACUGCCGCAACACUUGUUCGCCAAAUACAACGGCACCUCAUCUUUCUUCGCCACCGAUUACACGGAAGUCGACACUAAUGUCACGUAUUGUGUGGACCGGGAGCUGAAGCGCCUCAAGGAGUGGGAUGUAAUGAUUAUGCAUUACUUGGGCGUCGACCACAUCGGCCACUCGCACGGCGGCUAUCACUCGAGACUGAUGCCUAAGAAGCUGCUGGAAAUGGAUUCGGUUAUCAAAAGUAUAUACACGUCGGUGUCGGCGCCGGACGUGUCCGAGCCUUACUUAGUUGUGAUAACCGGCGACCACGGGAUGACUGAUAUCGGAAACCACGGCGGAAACACUCCCGAAGAGACGGACACUGCGCUCAUAUUCCUGAGCACUAAUCAAACCAAAGUGAGCGCCAAUUACGACAGCUUUGGUCAUAAAGCCGAACGCGUACUACAAGUGGACAUCUCGUCGACGCUGUCGGCGCUCUUAGGUCUUCCGCUGCCCAACAAAAGUCUGGGGAAAGUCAUGUUAAACGUGUUGAACGCACUUCAUAUGAGAAAAGACGAACAAAUGUGUCAUAUGUUUGCCAAUGCGCUACAAAUAAUCCGAAACCAUUGCCGGAACGCACGGCAACCCAUGGCUUCAUUAGUGGACCCGUUUUCCACACUUGAAGACAACACAACCAUUCAAGUGUUGGCCGGUCAUAAGUAUAACCAAAACCACUCCCAAAGUUUGCGUUUCGGUAAACAACAGUGUCUUCUCAUCUCUGGUCUCGUUUGGGUUUAUCUCUAUAGGAGCGAUUACGGGACUGUCAGCUCAUUCAAGUUGCCGGCCUUCCUAUACGUGGACCGCAAUAUUAGGGCCAAAAUAGUCUUCUUUCACGUCUACCUCAUUAUAAUC